AAUGUGAGAUUUUUAACUUUAGUGUUUCAGCACUUGUCGUUCGUUAUGGUCAAACUUGCUGAGCUGCUGCCAAUAUUGGGUUUACUUAUUGUAGGUGCCCAGGCAAAAGGAUAUUAUACAAUAACGUCACCGGAUAGCAUAAGACCCAACUCUAAAUACAGUGUACAUGUGAGUGUAUCUGAUGUACAGGAAAAUUCGAGAAUCAGUCUCACUCUACAGGGACCACAAUAUAACAAGUUUACCGAAAUUGUGGUGCCACCUAACUCUGGACAAAGUGCAACAUUUGAUUUGGGAGAUAUUACAAAUGGCGCAUAUUCAUUGAAGGCUAAAGGACUAUCAGGAAUUAUUUUUGAAAAUUCCACGAAUCUCGAAUUUGUAGAAAAUCCACCAAUGGUAUUAUUGCAAACUGAUAAGGGAAUGUACAAAUUCGGAGAGACUAUACAAUUUCGUGCAGUAUUUCUUGAUCAGUAUUUGCUGCCAGCAAAGGUCAGCCAACAGAUAUCUUUGGUUUUAAAGGAUUCGCAAAAUACUACCAUUGAACGUUUUGACGAUGUUGUUCUGGACACCGGUGUAUACAAGGGAAAAAUUAACUUAGCUGAACAAGUCACUUCGGGCAUUUGGUCCCUGCAAGUUUUCUUGGGGCAGAACAUGUUGACGCAUAAAACGAUUGAUGUGAAACAAUAUGACUUGCCUCUAUUUGAAGUGGAUUUGGAUUUACCUAGCCAUGUUUCUCUUAGAGAGAAAGAGUUUAUUAUAAAAGUUAAAGCAUAUUACACCUUUGGGAAACCUAUAUUUGGCACCUGUGCACUCGCCUUCAAUGUAUCGAGGGAUAGAACUGUUAGAAAACAAUUUAAUUUAGAAGAUGGCCAGUUAGAAAUUACAAUAAAAACCAGAGAGCUUGGCGCGAGACUAAGACCCAUUCCAAUAGAUGUCGAAGUUGCAGACAUAGCAACACAAACCUCACGUAAAAUCUCGAAAACAAUAAUAAUUGUGGCAAAUCAUUAUCGUAUAUCAACACCGGAUGUUACUCACGAGUGCAGUGGACAGGAUGAAACGUUUUUAUAUCGAGCACAAAUUUCACAAAGCAAUGGUAAACCGAUUAACACUGAUCGAGAGGUUUACGUAACAAUUGAUGCGCGUACAAAAGAUGACGUCACAACUGAAACGAUAUUAGCUUACGCAGAAGAAAAUGGCAACGUUGACGUGGAAAUUGAAUGUGGAAACAAUGCCAACAUAAAUGUAACCAUCAAAUAUGACAACGCACAAAGCACGGGCGUUGUACAACUAUAUCAUCAAGAUGAAAGCGGCGAAGGAGGAAUAUAUGUUAAGACACAAUUUCCCACAGUUAACGAACAGAUGGAAGUACGCCUAAUAACGCCUGAGGCCUUUACCAGCUUUGUAUGUAUGAUUGUGGGACGUGGCAAUAUUGUGUAUAGUAAUGUCAUCAAAGUUCCAAACGGCGGCUGGACACAGGCACACACUUUUUCUGUUACACCAACUCACGAAAUGAUGCCCGAUGCACAUAUUUUUGCUUAUUUUUUCAAAAACGGAAAGAUGUUUUAUUACGAGACAACAUUUUCGGUUAUCAAUGAAUUUAAAAACACUAUUUCGAUCGAUGCUAACGAAGUGGUCAAACCGGGAACUUUUAUUCAAUUAAGUGUUGACACGGAGCCAAAUUCAUACGUUGGCUUAUUAGGUAUGGACAAAAGCGUCUUGCUACUAAAGGAGGGCAACGAUUUCAACGCCAAAGCAAUUUUUGAUGAUUUAAGACAUUCCUUAGAGAAGAGUAAAAUAUCAGGAAGACAUGGACCGGGUAUAAUAUCUGGUCUUGUAACAAUGACGAAUGCCCAUUACAUAGAGAAUAAAAAUUUAGGAGAGCUGGGUCCGGUAAAUCAGCGAAGCAACAAACCAAUCAUUCGUCGGAAUUUCUUUGAAACCUUCGCUUUUUUCGAUUUUACAAGUGAGGACGGUCAUGAUGAAAUACAACAAAAAAUUCCUGACACUAUAACUACUUGGGUGAUUACCGGCUUUUCUCUCAAUCCAAAGACUGGCUUUACGCUCACAACAACACCAACGCAUAUAAGGACGUUCUUGAAUUUUUUCGUUACCCUUAAACUACCACAAUCGGUAAAAUUAGGAGAGAUUAUAGAACUGGAAGCAACGAUAUUUAACUAUUCUCCCACAAAUGUACGCGCUUCGGUCACAUUAGAAACACAAAACGACGAAUUUGAAUUCUUUUCAAACCCCAAUGAUAAGAAGCACACCGUGAGAGAAGAAGUUACAAAAGAAAGAACUAAAACCGUUAAGUUUAAAAUACGUCCCAAAGUGGUUGGAAUGAUAACGCUCAAAAUUACAGCACAAUCGAUGUUUGUCACCGAUGUAAUUGUUAAAAAGUUAAAAGUCGAACACGAGGGUAUCCCCGUGUUUGAAAAUAAAGACUUCUUCAUUAAAGGAGAUGAAAGUAAACCGUUUCGUCUGGAUAUACCACAGAACAUUGUGCCCGGCUCAGAACAUAUUGAAAUAUCUGUUAGGGACUUUGUAAUGGGGUCUAUGUUGAAUUUGAUUAAUAAUGGUGAGAACUUCGAUCAGCUCAUCACUAGUCCAACAGGAUGUGGCGAACAAAAUAUGGUGCGCCUAGUACCAAAUUUGAUGGUAUUGAAAUAUUUACAGAGCACAAGUGCUUCGAAUCAAGCAAUUGUACAAUUGGCAAAAAGUCAUCUGCAGAUUGGUUAUCAACGCGAACUCACCUACAAAGUUUCAGAUUAUUCGUAUAGCACUUGGGGCGGAGCUCCCGGUAAUACUUGGCUAACGUCAUAUGUUAUUCGCAUAUUUAACGAGGCAAAAUCUUACAUCUACGUGGACGAAAAUAUUAUUAAGAAUGGACUCAAUUUUCUAAGGAGCAAACAAGAAGCUGAUGGAAGUUUCAGAGAAGAUGGCAGUCUAUAUGAUUUUGUUACUCUCAAUAAAUUAAGUGUCACUGCAUCUGUGGUGCUUACUUUUCUGGAAAAUAAGCAAUACUUAGAUCAAUACAAGAAGGUCAUAGAUGAUGGUAUAAAAUACAUAACAGCGAACGUAAAGCAAAAUAACGACAUGCGUGCGAAAGCAUUGUCUUUAUAUGUGUUGCAUCUGCGCAAUGAUCCCAUGGUUGAGGAGCUGCUAAAUAUAUUGGAAACGAAAGCAAAAACCAGCGGUGACCAUAAAUGGUGGCAACAUACUGAUUCACCAGCGAAUAUUGAUGUUUAUGUAACAGGUUAUAUAUUGAUGACAAUGAUCGAAUUAAAUAAACCAGUUACACCAAUUAUCAAGUGGAUAGUGUCAAAACGAAAUAGUAACGGUGGUUUUGCAUCCACUUUCGAAACUGAAGUGGGGCUACGUGCUUUAUCAAUCUAUGCCGCCAGAUAUAGGGAACAUGGUAGUACUUUGGAAAUUGAUGUUUUCUCGCACAAUCAACUGAUGCACACGUUCAAAGUUGGCGAUAAGAAUAAAGAUAUCAACAAAAUAAUUGAGCUUCCUAAGAAUACGCGAGAAUUGCAGUUCACUGCAGCAGGAAGCGGCACGGCGACUUUCCAAAUAUCUUAUCACUACAAUACUUUGGAACCCCAAACUGGUGUUUUCACCAUAAACUCUACCAUAAUAGAUCCCAACGCACCGAGAAAAACAUUACAAGUCUGCAUGCAAUUGGUUGGUCAGAAAAUUGAAAAAUCCAAUAUGGCAAUAUUGGAGAUUGGUCUCCCAACAAGCGAUGAAGUUGACCCUAACUGUUGUGACGUUAAGCUACAGAAACAAGCAAAGAAAAUUGUUCGAAGAUCAAAACAACAAAUUCACGUGUACUUUGAAGGUAUAAAGAAAGAUGACAGUGAUUGCGUUGAUAUACCAAUGUUGAAACAAUUUGAUGUGGACAAUCAAAAACCUGCGGGGAUUGUCAUAUACGAUUACUACGAAAAGAAUUCGGUUGAUAAAUAUUUUUACCAAGUAUAGCCAUAAAUUUACACCAAUCAUUUGUUGUAUGUAUUUUUAUGAAACUAAUAAAAUAAAACGAGUAUUAAAAUGUGCAA